GCAUCACAUUCACCUAUGUCAUUAGCAUCAACCUCUACAUCUUCCUCUAGCAUCACAGGCAUGUCAACCUUGGCCGUACAACCUGACGAAAUCCGAUCGGCAACCGUCUCCCUACUAUCAAUUCUGAAAACAGACCUGGAGGAUGACCAAAAAACAAGAAUCAUCAAUAGAAUAAAAUAUGCAUCGGAACAGUAUACAAACUUGUUUGGUGAUUUAGCGAGCAUGGUCUAUUUCACUGCUAUCAAGUAUGCCAAUGGGGAUUAUCAGGAAGGUAAGAAACUGAAAUUGACAUAAUUUUUAUCGGAUGAUGGACUUAUGUGAUGAUUUGAUAGGAGAACUACAACGGAUUGAAGUCUCAACAUUGCUCCCGACUGUGCGCUUUACCAACUUACUGACCGAAGACCGUCGCUUUUACCCUGUACACGCUGUAUUAACUGAUGAAUCCAAGUCAUUGUUUUCCUCGACGCAUAUACAAUUCUUGAAGUCACACUAUUUUGGAAAGUCCCAUCAAGCAACCUACAGCAAGCAUCCAUUAUGGCACAGACUUUCUAUUCCAACUGAAGAACUGACCAUCAACAAAGAUCACAAUGUUCCUUCCAACCUCGCCUUGGCCGCUGUAUCAUCUUUGUCUACCAAUGUUGGGAAUAUCUGGCAAUCACGGCUUUUCCAUAGAAUGUUGACGUACGUUUUAAGAGUACUUCUCCGACAAAAUCUUUCUCCAUCCCGUGAACAAAAAACGUAUGAUCGUAUGCAUAGUGGUAUCAAAAUUCUGGCCGAAAAGAAGGAGGAGAAAGUAUCAUCUUUUGGCAACAAGAUACAACACGUCAAAAACGUUAUCAAGUUUGAAAAGAAGAAAGUACUGAAGCUUCAAGCACGACUGGACAUUACUGAACAGAGUCAAGAUCAACAGAAACUCAUCGACAAGAAAGAUUACUCUGAAAGGAAGCAGCAAAGUCUUAGACAGGUACUCAACGACCUUAUUACAAAAUCCCGAGAAGAAGCCGAAGCAAAAAAGGAAUCCAAGGUUCUGAAGGACGAUGAUGCAACAUCCAGUGACAACGACAAUAAUGCAAAUGCGGACACUGAGCUUCUAGAAACACUCCAAAGUAUGCCUGAGUCUGAGAUGGAUACAGUAAUCAUGUAUGAGACGGAUUCGGAUUCUGAACCAGAGGUUACAGCUAUCAAGGACACAUCCAGCAGAAAGAUAAGAGGAAUACAGGCAGUUUUAUCAAAGUUAUUUUUUACAAGAAAGGAGGCCAAACUGGAUCGCGAAGUCAUUGAAAAUCUAUGGGAUGGCGAUGAUUUACUUCAACAUGAAAUCAACAUCAUGAUUACUCUGUAUAACACUCUACGACCAUAUAUACCUGUGAAUGGCAACAAGGCUACCAUCGCUGAAAAACUUCCAUUCGUGUUCCUGGGCAAUGCAAUACUCCAUACAGCCGGUUAUAGUAAACUGAUGCAACGACCAUUUCCAACUGUGACAGCCUCAGCAUUGCACGCACUACCACUUGGUGCUGUUGAAACUUACGAGAUCUUUGGUUCCAAAUUCACUGAAACUGGCAACGAGGGUAAAGGAAAACAAAAACGAGAAGCACCAUUGGUACAAAUGAAGCAAGCAGAUGGGAAGAUUAUAAAAAACAGUACUCUGGCUCUCGGCUAUAAGGACGACGUUUUUGGUUCAAUAUUCGACCUUCAAAAAAUCAACGCAAUAUGUGAUAAAAAUUCUAUGACCUUUCGUCAACGUCUUGUAAUUCCUAAUAUCAAAUCGGCAGCAAUCAUUGGAGCAACGACCAAGCCAAGAAUGGUAUCAAGUUACCAACAUGGGAAAACAGCGGACGAAACAAUGACUCUUCAUGACAAUCGAACUGUCGAUGAUCUCACAUCUCAAAAAGCGACAUUGGAGCAGCAACUUUUGGCUAUAAACAAGAAAAUUCAAGAAGAAACAGAAUCACUGAAAGAUGUGCAAGCUAAACUGAUGGUAUCUGUGGACAUAAAGACAAUCACAUUGGCAAAAACCAAGUAUGAAGAAAUAGGUGUGCAACGUACAAUGAAAAAAGAGCGGAUGACCAUACAAUCAAGAAUAGCGCAAUUACAAAAUCGACGGACUACCAUACACUCAAAUUUAUAUUAUCUUCGAAAGGCAAUACAAGUGAAGAAGUCAAACCCAAAAAGAAAACGAAGCGAGAAGGAACAAAUAAAAAGUACACCGACAAGAAGAAAGCAAUCAGUACUGGACACUCCUGAAAACAUGGACCUUAACUCUUUGCGAAACGAAGGGAGUGUUUCUUACAGCGGUACUGACUAUGGCAUUGUCACUUUAUCCACUGCUGUACCUGUGAGCACGGAUCGAUACAAUUUCCACUUGCGACUACAAAACAGAUACAGGACCCUUGCUGAUAUUCAUGACCCUGAUAAUGAUGAUACUACUUCUGAUGUUGACAACGAUACUACUUUCACUGAUGAAGAAAAGAAGUUCCUUAUCUUACCAAAACCCUUCAUUAUUACAAGCAAGGAUCUGAACUGGCGAACAGGAUUCUACCACCGAAGAAAAAAAAUGGAGAAGAAACUGAAGAAUACUGAACUCCCAACAACAAGUGAUGAACCUACUCCAAUGCUUUCUACUAAUCCUGAUCAAAUUCUGCGUUAUACCAAGCUCGUGCAAGACCGUCGAACACCAAUGAGAGAUAUAUAUCAUUCCAAAGCUAUGAUCCGCGAAAGAAAAGCUGGAAAGCUCCAAAAGCAACGGGUGUAUGCAAGAACUAUUACCGAAGAAAGAAGAUUUUUGAAAGGUGAUUCCAAGUAUUUAGUGAUGGCAAUAGGGAAUAUGGGAACGGGCGUGGGCUCCAGAAUCACUGGCCAUCAUCGAAGAGGAGGAAAAUGGCAUCUAAAGAAAAACUCACAACGUGGUGCGGUCAUGCUUACUGAUGAACAUUUGUCGAGUCAAACGUGCGUGUUUUGCUUUUCGAAGGUUAUUAGACAGAUGAGAAAAACUGAUGGCAAAUACAGAAAAGUGAACGGGGGGUCUGUCUGCGUGAACAAGGACUGUUGGGCUGUCAAGAAUUGUUCUUCAACUCAAGGUCGAGACAUACAAGCGGCGUUGGCUAUAUGCUUGGCGGGAGUAGCGACUACUGAUAAUCAACGAAUGGAACCAUUUAAGAAAACAGUCUUUAAUACUGAUCAUUCAAAAUUAUACCAUGACAAUCUCCUGGGAGAUUCGUCUCCUGGGAGCUAAACUUAGUUUAGAUUAAAUUCGUUUAUUAAUAAAGAAUGAUAUAAAUUUUGAC